UCGCCUGCACACAGACGCAACGUGUAAUUUAAAACCAAGCACAAGCUUGGGGGCUGCACUGAGCCUCAUACACACAUAUGCUCAUGCACAUAGACACAUACAGUCAGACCGAACAGCACACUGAGUUCAAGCAUUCAGCGCUGCACAAAGCUCAUGACAGGACUUAAAGAUCAGCUAACAGGACAUAUCCAGAUUGGAUGAGAUUUCGGAUGCAUUUCCCUGUGCACAGGGACUGCAGCUGUGCCCUCUCAGUCUGACUAAAGCAAGCUCUCGGUUUAUCGAAGUUACGCUGAGACUCUAGUUGACUGGUUAAACUAGCUGCUGCUUUUUGCCAUGCGGCUGCUCUGCGGUCUGCUGCUGCUGCUGCUGCUGUGCCUGGUAGUCUGGGCAACUGAGGCACGAAAGCGUGGAAAGGGACGCCGAAUGCGGAGUCGAGACCGGUCAAAUACCGUCAAGCGGUUUGCUGCAGACUGCAUGGAAAGUACAGUCAAUGGGGAAAAGUUCUUUGACUGCCAAGAGCGCCAUCUGACAGCCGUACUAUUGGGCUGGCCGGAGGAUAUUCACCACCUGCUGCUGGCACGGAACAGGAUCCAGGUGCUGCGAGACAACACCUUCAGUCACUUUCGAAACCUGAGGAGUCUGGAUCUCCAGCAGAACGAAAUCUCCCGCAUAGAGGAGGGAGCGUUCAACGGCCUGAGCAGACUCACCACUUUACUGCUGCAGCACAACCAUCUGAGUGUGGCGAGCGAAGGCAUGCUGAUCCCCAUGCCGCAACUCAAGUACUUGCGUCUCUAUGACAAUCCCUGGAGGUGUGAAUGCCAGCUGGAUAGCCUGGUCAGGUUCAUACAAGUGCCCAGUAACCGUAACAUUGGCAAUUACGCACAGUGUGCUGAGCCCAGGGAAUUCUCGGGGAGGAAACUGAAGAAGCUGGAUGCAGAGCUGCUGUGCUCUUCUCAGCAGGAAAACGAAUUGAUCCAACAUCCGGACAAUAAGACCCUACCAGCUUCACAAAAAAAGUCUGAUGCAACCUUUCUAUGCCACACCUACAUGCACCCUGUUCCCCGUCUGGACUGCAGUAACAGAGACCUUAAAACUGUGCCGGCUGACAUCCCGCUGGAUAUUGUGAGAUUGGAUUUAUCCAGAAACAACAUCAAGCAGCUGAGACCAAAGGAGUUUGUAAACGUUAAAGACCUAAAGCUCUUGAACCUGAGCGGAAACAGUCUAGAAAACAUCAGCAAAGCUGCCUUUAUGGGCCUGCUGUACUUGGGAGAAUUGGACCUGUCCAACAACAGCCUGCGCAAUUUUCAGUAUGACGUUUUGGAGGACCUGUACUUCCUGAGGAAACUGUCUCUGGAGGACAACCCCUGGAUUUGUGAUUACAACAUUCAUUACUUGAUCUACUGGCUGAAGCACCACCCCGGUGUGUCCCACACAGGUCUGGUGUGCAGUGAACCAGAGGAGUUUCGCGGCUGGCCGGUGGAAAACUACGUCAAGACAUACACCGCAGAUUGUCCUAUAGACAAUCAUCUGGAGGGCAUCACAGGUCAGGAGGUCACUGCUGAGACAGAAGAGGAGCUGAUUUCACAAUUGGGGCCCAGACCUUAUAGAGUGCCUAAGAAAUUUGAGAUCAUCCGUCUGAGUUAAGACGGAAACGUUGACGCUGCUCGUGAACAAAAUUGUUUCCCAGCAAACUGUAUGAGAGAUGAAACUUUAAUAUGCUGUCACAUUCGCAAAUUCAUUCAGUUCAGUCAGAACGUUUACGUUUUUUCUAGUGUUUUUUUAAUGAGAAUUUUGUAAAUUGAAUCAUGAUAAAUAAAAGUACUUUUUUUUUAAUUCA